GGGGGACACGGCGGGCGCCGCGGGGACCUGGAGACUCCGGAGCCGCAGUGUCCGCGCGGGGCGGGCGGCCUGGGAAAGUCAGCGUCAGCAGCAGCGCAGUGGCGGGAACCGCAGCCCGGCGGCCCUGGAACCUCCCAGGAAAGCAAGCCAUUUGUUCUUUGUUCCUGAAAGAGAAACUCACAGAAGAGAAACAAUAAGAAAUGGCUGAUUCUCCAGUAAGCAUGUCUCAGGGUCUGUUGACAUUCAUGGAUGUAGCUGUGUACUUCCCACAGGAGGAGUGGGAAUGCCUGGACUCUGCUCAGAGGGCUUUGUGCAUUGAUGUCAUGUUGGAGAAUUAUAGCAACCUUGUCUUUGUGGAGAACUAUUGCAGAUGUGAUCUUGUCCAUCACCAUGUGAAUACUGAAAAGGAGUCUUGUCAGUGUGAUGAGCUUGACAAAGUGUUUCAUGACCCCUCCACAUGUGCACUUCAUAGAAAAAGUGAAACUACAGAAAACUCUAAUGACUACACAUGCAGUAGUCACAGGGAUGCCUCUGUUGACUCAUCAAACCCAGACAGACAUGAAAGCAUGCACACUGGAGAAGAACCUUGUCAAUCUAAAGACUGUGAGAAAUCUUUAAAUCUAUGUUCAGGCAUUACUCAAGAUCAGAGAGUCUACACUGCAAAGAAAGAGCACAGGCAGGAAGAAUAUGAUGACUAUUUCAGCUAUGCAUACGCUUUUUUUCAACAACCAAUCUACAUUGGAGAGAAACCACAUCAAUGUGGGAAAUGUGGGAAAUACUUUAGUACUACUUCAAGCCUCAGCGAACAUGAGAGAAUUCAUACUGGAAUUAAACCUUACAAGUGUAACAAUUGUGAAAAAUCCUUUACCCAACGUUCAAGUCUUAAAACACAUCAAAGACUUCAUACUGGAGAGAAACCUUACAAAUGCAAAGAAUGUGACAAAUCCUUUGCCCACUAUUCCAAUUUCAGAAGACAUCAGAAAAUUCAUGCUGCUGGGAGACACUAUAGUUGUCAACAAUGUGGCAAGGUCUUUCAUCAGCUUUCACAAUUUGAAAGCCAUUACAGACUCCAUACUGGAGAGAAGCCUUACAAGUGCAAUGAGUGUGACAGGUCCUUUCCCCACUAUACAUCAUUGAGAAAGCAUCAGAAAACUCAUUCUCUCGAGAAAUUACACAAGUGCGAAGAAUGUGGUAAGUCCUUUCUUGAAUUAUCACUUCUUAACAGGCAUUACAGGAUCCAUACUGGUGAAAAGCCUUACAGAUGUAAGGUAUGUGACAAAUCGUUUACCUGGAACUCAUACCUUUCCAGACAUCAGAAAAUUCAUACUGGGGAGAAACCUUACAAAUGUAAGGAAUGUGACAAAUCCUUUCCCGAAAUCUCAUAUCUUAGAAGACAUCAGAGAGUUCACACUGGAGAGAAACUUUACAGAUGUAAGGAAUGUGAGAAGUCUUUUACUAGCUCCUCGUAUCUUAGAUCACAUCAGAAAAUUCAUACUGGAGAGAAACUUCCUAAAUGCAAAGAGUGUGAUGUAUCCUUUAUUCAUAUGGCAAAUCUUAGAAAGCAUCAGAGAGUUCAUACUGGAAAGAGACCUUAUACUUGUAAGGAAUGUGACAAAUCCUUUUCCUGGGACUCACAACUUAGAACACAUCAGAGAAUUCAUACUGGAGAGAGACCUUACAAUUGUGAGGAAUGUGACAAAUCCUUUGCCCAUUCUUAUGGUUUAAGGAAACAUCAGAAAAUUCAUACUGGAGAGAAACUUUAUAGAUGCAAAGACUGCGACGUAUCCUUUAUUCAUAUUGAAAGUCUUAAAAUACAUCAGAGAGUUCAUACUGGAGAGAGACCUUACAGUUGUCAGGAAUGUGACAAAUCCUUUACCACUUGCUCACAUCUUAGAAGACAUCAGAGAGUUCAUACUGGAGAGAGACCUUACAGUUGUAAGGAAUGUGACAAAUCUUUUACUAGGUGGGAACAUCUUAGAACACAUCAGAAAAUUCAUGCUGGAGAAAAUCCUUACAAAUGUAAAGACUGUGAUAAGUCUUUUAGUGACUAUACAAUACUUAGAACACAUCAAAGCAUUCAUGCUGGAGAGAGGCCUUACAGUUGUCAGGAGUGUGACAAAUCCUUCACCACUUGCUCACGUCUUAGGAAACAUCAGAGAGUUCAUACUGGAGAGAGACCUUACAGUUGUCAGGAAUGUGACAAAUCCUUUACCAGUUGCACAGAUCUUAGAAGACAUCACAGAGUUCAUACCGGAGAGAGACCUUACAGUUGUCAGGAAUGUGACAAGUCUUUUACUAGGUAUGAACAUCUUAGGACACAUCAGAAAAUUCAUACUGGAAAGAAACCUUAAAAAUGCAAAGACUGGACAUAUCCUUACCCAUAUUACAAGUCUUAGGGGACAUUAGAAAAUUCAUACUAGAGAGAAAAAUCACCAUUGUAAAUAAUGUGACAUACCAUUUUCCUGUAUUCUCUGCUUACAAUUCACAACAGUAUAUAUAAUAGAAACAUAAAAUAAGAAACUUAUGAAAACCUGUAAUGAGGUUUAAAUCUUAGCAAAUAUCACAGAGUUCAUGCCAAAAUAAAACCCUCCAAAUGUUA